UUAUUAUUCUUGUGCACUGAAUGUCGUGUUUCCUAUAUUAAAAUUAGUCAUCGUCGUCAUCAAAAAUACGAAAGAAAAUCGUACAAUUUAAAUUUGUAGCGCAAUAACAGCAUUGUAGGUUAAUGGCCGAUUGAGUUUGUGCGUUGUUGAUUUAUAUGCAAUCCUUGAAAUGUCGUGCGAAGUGAAGCUACUAUCUAGUGUGGACGACCUUCGUGAAGUCCAGGAGCAGUUCGGAUUAGGCUCAGAAGAGAACUGGCUCAACGCGGUAUGUUACUCGCUGUCACCAGCCGGAGACAUCCUAGCAUUCGGCCAUGGUUCAAUUUUGAUCAUCCUUUCCUCUAAAUGGGACCGACAGCGACAAUUGAAUGCAUAUAAAAUAGCCUGGAAAGGGGCAAUCGAUGAUCCGAAUUGUCUGAUUACUGGUGUACUGUGCGCUCCGCUACUAGGCCAGGGAAGCACCCAGACGAGUGUUGAUUUUAGUUUUAUCAUAGUGGGACUGGAUAGUGGUCAGGUGUUGUUCUAUGGUGAAAAUGGUACUUUGGUUCACUCGCAGUUGUUUCAUCCGGAGCCGGUGCAGGCCAUCAAGGCUCAAAGUGGAAAACAUGUCAACGAAGAAGUGUACGUGUUUCAUCCGUCCUGCGUGAUAAUUUUUCAAGGUUCUCAAUUAUUUCCCUUGCUAAGAAGCCUAAAGCAACAAAUUAGCCGAUAUGGGGUGGGAAGUGCGCGGGUGAACGAAGCACAGGAGAGUAUCGCCUGUCGGAAGUGGAAUUAUGGUAAAGGAAUUAACGUGCAAGAUGCGGUCGUCGUUGGACCGCAGAAAACUUGCACGUUCGAUCAUCUCUUGACGGCCAGUGUGGAGGGUGGUUUCUUCGCGAAGUAUCGCCAUGCUCCGCCACAGAAUUCGCUGAUCGUUGCGGCAGGAACAAAGCCGUACGUUGGGUUUCAUUACGCAAAGGAAGGUUUCACGCAGCCAGUGCUGGCCGAUGUGGCACGAGCGGUGGCCAGCAAAAUCAAAUCGGCUUUACCCUCUUGGUUCGGUGGCCCAUCAGCGACACCGCAGACUCCGUCCGAACCGCAGCUUCCCACCUCGGAACCGCUGGUGUGCCGCUUCGGUUUGUGCGAUCAGCAACGGAGCGCGUACUCGGUAUGGCUAGCGCCAAAUUUCGCCCUGGCAGCAGUGGCCGACCAUCUGGGCCGUGUGAUCCUGGUUGACUGCUCCAGGGGGAUUGCACUGCGAGUUUGGAAGGGCUAUCGUGACGCCCAGUGUGGCUUCAUGGAAGUAGCCGAAAAGGUUGCUAAAACGUCGGACAGCGGACCCGCCAGGAUUGACCGCCGGAAGGCAAUGUUUUUGGUGAUUUACGCUCCUCGCCGGUCGAUGCUGGAAGUGUGGGCGCUGCAGACGGGACCGAAAGUGGCUGCCUUCGGGGCAUGCAAAAACGGUCAACUCAUUUAUAAUACGCACAGCUUCAUGGGCGUCAGCAUGGGAAACAGCAAGGUGCGCUACACUGGGCUCGGUUGUACGUUUUUCGAUCCGAGCGAUUGUUCGCUUAAGGAGAUCAGCAUUCCGUUCCAUUGUGCGCUGAGUGAUUCUAAGUCCAAGACUGCUAAAGAUUUGCAUUUAUUGAAGCGACUGAAGAUUUGCCUGAAGACGGGCGAUGGAAGCGACGCGGAAGAGCAAGAGGAAAUUGAAAUGUGCAAAAGCUUUGAGACGGCAGAGAUUAAACUGCAGUGUGUUGAAAUGUUAGCGAAACAUCGAAAGAUUACUGCGCGUUUGUUUCGGAAAGCGAUGGACAUUUUCGGUAGCUUCGAGGAGGGGUUGGAGGAGCAUGGUUUGUUAGAGGCGGACGAGCUUCAUAGGGCAAUGCAUCUGAGGGCUGUGUGUGAAAAUUACAAAAAGUUAACGUUAUUUUAUCAAUUCUUAACUGACGAAGUCGAUGUUAAUAUGCUAGUGAAUGUUAAACCAGAAUCUGAACCACCAGAGCAAUCAGAAGAAGUAGCUCAACCGUUAAAGGACUUGGAAGAAACCGAAGAGAUAACUGAUCCAACCGAAGGGAGUGAGAAACCUUUAUGCAGCGAAGAAAUUAGGCGGAAAAGUUCCACCCUGGUGGAAGCUGCAGACGAAAAUGUCAAACUUUCUGAAAUAGAGUUGGCGUCGAUUGGGAAACUGAUUGAACUGCUAACGAUGAAUGGUUCCCUGGAGGGAACAUCCACGACACGGGUUACCUUCGAGGAUUCGACGGCGAAAAGUAACGUAUUUCAAGAAUAUUUGUCAUACUUCAAUGUUUCCACCGAAGGCUUAAUUUUGCUCAAGGAAGAUUCCGCUAUCCUGUACAGUUCAUUGGGAAAGAUUAUCUUCGAAGACGUUUACCACCAGGCAAGUGGCUCGCCUCGGCUUAGCGGGUUUGCUACAGUAGCUGGUACUACCGGUAUUCUUUACGAAGAUCUGCUCAAACUAUUCCUAGCAUAUUGGUUGCGACUUCCGUUUGUAUAUCGGGACAUCGCUGAGCUUGUCGAAGAUUUGAAUAAGUUCAGCAAAGUUCUACGAAGGAUUUGCUUGCUCGCUAAAGACAAGAUAAGGUUUGAAAACAACACUAUCUGUGUAUGGUGGCAGAAUGCACGGGAAUACUUGCUGGAGUCACCCUGUGCCCUGCGAGGAUUGCUGGCAGCUAUAAUGUGUCGCAACGAAGCGCUAAAGUACGAGGAGAGCAGUGACGAAGAAGACUACCAAUUCGAGGAAGUGUCGCAGGAAGCCUGUCAGUGGACUCUGCUGAUCGGGAAGCUGGACGAUGUGGCCGUUCUUGGCACCAUACUGGCCGAGUGUCUUAAAUGUUCGCAAGCAAAAUAUACCGGCCUAAACUACCAGAAGCCGAGCGUCAGUCUGAAAGAGAUUUUAAAAGGAGGACAGGGAAUUGUUGCCGAAAUGGUUGCAAAAUGGGUGGGUGCUAGCGGAAUUGAUCCGGAAAAAUUGGUGAUCGAAGUUCCGGAUGAAGCUGUAGAGAACGAGCAAGCAGGAGUACAAGAACCUGCCAGCAGUGAGAGGAAAGAACGAAAGCGACUGCAACUUAUAAAACAAAAUCUUUUACAAACCAGCGAAUAUGGCGGAAGUAGUGAUACUGAAUUAGAUCCCAUCCUGUAUAAUCUUAGCAUUCUUCGAAGACAUUUUCCUUUCAGUCUGGAUAGUGGUACCUUACUGUGCCAUCUGGCGUGGGAGUACAUCUGUGAUUGGAGUAAAAAUAUGGCGAACAUGAACAGCCUGCAGGCGGGUCUGGCAUGCUUGAACGCGAUUCCGCGUCUUCAGUAUUCCAUGAAACACGGCCUUUGCUGCAUGAUUUGGAACGCACAUCUGAAAAUUCCUCUGGAAGCAACGAAAAAACUUGUGAAUAAGGUCGGUCGGCUUCCGAAGGAGAAACUUUGCCUUCAGGACAUCGGAAUAUCCGAUGCUCUGGUGCCCCAAUUUCUCGAAAGUUGCCUGAGGUUUUUCGAUCAUUUUUCGCAAUCCAUCGACCACGACAAACUUGAGCUGCGCUUUGAAGAGUUACUGCAACAAGGGCCGAUACCGUUGACACUGUUGGCAAUUCAACAGACCCCCGCCCACAUGGCCCUGCUCAAGCUACAUCACGAGCUGACAACGGUUUUGCUCAUACUGACCUCGUUCAACGUGAAGUACCAGAAACCGGUGCAGCAGUUCUUUGACGCCACGGCCAACCAGUCGUUUUUUGCCGAAAUCAACCGGCCGCUGGCAUACAGUCUUCCGAAAGCCGAUCUGCUGCUGAAACGUGUGCGGUUCGAAUUUCUGUGCAAAACCAUCACCGCCACCAUGGACCUGAUUCGGGAGGAUCUGGAGACGGUGUUCUACACCGAUCACAUCGUCUGGAUGGAGCGCAUCGAACAGCUGGCCGAGGUGUGGGAGAUCAGUACGACGGAAUUGCAGAAGCAUCAGAUCGUGGAAUUGUACGCCCAUGGGUGGGACGUCUAUGCCGAAGAACUGCUGGAGAAUAUCGUUCCCGACCAGGCGCUCGGAAAGCUGCUGCUAGCGAUUGCCGGUCGGCGAUUAACAGUCCACACCAAGGCUAACCCUCGCCUCUGGGGACAGGUGGCAGCCGUCGGGCCGCUGCUGACUGAUUAUCUGGAUACCCUCAUUUCGUCGGAGGGUCACGGUCCCCAGCUGCGUUUUGCCGAGGGCAACGAUGCUGCCAACGCAUCCGGACAGAUUGCCAUCGACCGGCUGGCGAAGCUGGUGGAAAAAGCAUUUCGCUGUUUGAGCACGGUGCAAACUUCCACCACCACAACGAUGACAACGAUGACGACGACGACGGCGGCGGCGGUGGCUUCGGUAAUGCCAUCCACAGCUACCGGCGGUAAUAGUAAAUCCAAAGAGCUACGGAUAGCGGGUUUGUUAUUCGAUGCGUGUGCUACCAUUAGUGAGUUGAGGUAAUUUUAGCGUAGGCGGUUAUUAUGGAAUUCGUGAAGACUAGUUACUGCGUGUCAAAAAAGUAUGCUCCUAGGGAUAAGCGCUCCGGUUAUAAACGGAUCUAUAUUUGCCGAGCUAAUUUACUGCUGAGACAGCGAGUCGAGAGUCGUUUUAUAAUUGCUUGCUUUUAGCGUUUCGGUGAUAAUUAGUUUCAAUUCCUAUCUGUUGGAUUGGACGUCAUUCGAUUUCGAACCUAAUAACUAAAGUACGGAAAGGUUGAAUUGAACAAAAUUGGCUCGUUUUAGAGUGGUCCGGAAGAAAUCGGAUCGGAAAAUCAUUUAGCGAAUCGGAUGGUCGGUAAUUCGGGAUUAUUAAGACACCCACUCUAGCACGAAGGUUGCUGAAUAGAAAUACGGUUGGAAAAAGUACACCAUUAUGCUGAGCAAGGAACAUAUGCGGGUUGAAUCGGUCUCUCUGAGUUUAAUAGUUUAAUAGGUUGAGUUUCCUCUAUGAUUUGGAAAAUGUCCUCUAUUAGAAUGAUAAUUUUGAUGUCCAUUGUAGCAUGAUUGGUGAUUAUUCACUCGCGAAACCUCUGUGGUGUAUUUCCCCACGUCGACGUGAAUAAUUUUCUCCGUUCGUGAAUAUUUGAGAGCUUGCAUUUUCUAGUUUUCGCUUGUAUUAUUUGUUGAUGCCUCAUUUUUCAAAAGCUUUUGGAUAGCAUCAUUCAUUUUGGGUAAUGUUCCAGCUUACCGAAUGAUUUUAGUUUCAGUGGCCUGCGUGCCAUUUAUGGCUUGGAGUUUCCCCCUCCUAUUUCAUGGUCAUAUCAUUAGCUCUAUCUACGGGGAUUUGUUCCCUUAUAAAAGUUGCAUUACAUGUCUAAAUUUAUAAUGACUUUUAUCAGUUCUAUUUCUGUGGAAAAAAUAUGAAAAUUAGAUGAGUCAGAGUGGGGUUCUGUUUGACACGAAAACAUUUCUCGGUGGAGGGUUGAAUUGUUGAAAAUUUGAAUAUGAAGCAUAAAAUUUGUAUGAAGCUAUCGAGUGAAACUUUAAUAGUAAACUUGUUUAGUACUUCCUUUUGGCCGCGCCACAUAGUGAUUGCCGAGCUCAUCAACGUAACCAUUUCGCCUGUUUCGUGCAUGUUAAUUUGAGGCGGUUUUUGGAAGAGAGUGAAGAGAGGAAGAGGCUUAGAGCCGCAUUUGACCUGAUGGGUCGGGUUUUAUGCCGGGAAGUGCGUGCUGUUGCUUAGGUACCAGACCGGUAAAGGAAAAUUACUAUAUGGUGAAGCUUGUUUUUUUUUUUUGUUAGGGAAUUAGGAUUACGAUUACGAUUACGAUUACGAUUACGAAUUAUUUGAAGAAAAUUUCUUAACAUUCUGAUCGGGGUACCUAUUGAUCUGUCAAUUGUUCUGCUGCGGUAUAGGUUUAAAAGUUUCUUUGCAAGUUUUCUCCUUCUUUCGUUGGUCCGUGUCAAAUUGAUCAGUAGCGCUUUAGCGGGCUUCAUUCAGACUUUUUGGACGCGACCUAUCCUCACUGCAAGCGGUCUCAGCCUCCGCACUUGCUGCAGCGUGCCUUGUUGCAGCAGUAGGUGGCUGUAUGACCUAACUGCUUGCAGUUUUGGCAAUGCAUGACCCGCGGUACGAACGCCUGUACGCCUACAGGCAGACGAACCCUGUCCAAAGAGAUGUAGUUCGGCAGUGCGGAUCCAGCGAAUGUUACACGGAAGGAAUCCGAAGGGAGGAAUUUCUUCUUCCCUUCUUCGAUGGAUACUGAAUGCAAUUGCUUGACAUCCAGUAUCUUUACAUCUUGAAUCAGGGGAUUCUUGAAGCAGCCAACCCCGUGACGCAAAAUGUCAUCGACCGUGAGGCUCCCUUCGGUAACCACAUCGUCGAUCUCCACGUCCUUGGCAGGGAUGUACACGCGAUACUCUCUCGUGAAGAGCUCGUAGCUAGCAAUUGCGUUUGCUUGCUUCAAGCUACUCACGACAACUCGCAGUUUGUUCGGUCUAACCUUUGUAAUUUCGGUUAAAUAAUGAUAAAAAUUCUAAAGUGAAUACUUCACCGAACGUCUAAGUCACGACCUCACGGCUGAUAGUAGAAUCAAUCGAGUGUCUCCGCAGAACAAACAAAGACGAUCCAGCUUCGUGUUGUGACACAGUGGCCGUAUCUUACACGCGACCUUGUAGAUGCCACUUGUAGUUGACUUCCACUCGCUCGAUCGUAUGGUGGUCCAUGCUGCUAGCGGGGUAUCAGCGGUGCGGGAGAAUUAUUCUUGCUGAUAUAUCAGUUGCGUAUCAGAUCACUGGCGGGGUAGCCUGCCCCUACCAGUGUGCAGAAGAUGUUUCUGCCGAUAUACUGCAGGCUAUUGUUAUCGCACAGCACAAGAACUAAUCGACUAAAAAACACCCGUACGAUAACUCGUGUAUUGUUAUUUUGCGAAUCAAACGGAGAUAAACAAUUUGCGUCUAAUCGAGACGAAAGCAAAACAACGAAUGAAGAAUCUUGUUGUAAAUAAUGAAUCUUUGUAAUUAAAGUGCACAAGUCUUUUUUGUCAUUAAAAUAUUCUUCUAACGUUUUCUUCAUCUCGACUCAUUCGGUGUGUACUAGCACGUCAUUAGCUCUGUCUGUCACUUUGUCACGAAUGAUGCUGUACCUUAAGGGUAGAGCAGUUGUUUCGUGCUCUGGUGUGAGGCAUAGUUUUUUCGCAAACAGCAGUUUGCUUUCGACCGAUGCCGACCGAUUGUUACUGUCACUACCUAAUCUGCAGGCACUGUUGGACAAAUGUGUGUGCUAUUUGAGGCUACUGCUGCCGCUAAACUCACUAUUUUCAAACGCUGUUGUUCUAAUUGAGCUAAUAGCUCAUCAUUUUUUUCUGAAUUUCUUCAGUCAUUUUUCAUGUAAACAUGCACUUUAACGAUAAAACUACUCUACGAUUUUGCCGUAAUAUUUUAUUCCCAAAAUUUUUGUAACGCUUGAUUGCUGAAACUAUUCGAUUGCGCCGUAUUAAUUUUCGUAACACUUGAACGAUAAGAGUUCACUAUUCGAUUACAUUAUUAUAUAUGCCUAUUAUAUAAAAAGAAAUUUAAUUUUUUUGUAAUAAUCAUUCUUUCUAUUACACUGGCCAUAAUAAUUCGAUUUUUAUUGUAAAGUGUUCGAAGUUUGAAUCAAAACGGUAUGUUUUAUUCAACUGUAUGUUGCUGAGGUGGAACAUUAUAUAUUUCCAUGAGUUCUAAGAGCAUUUACAUGAAUUCCUGGCUUGAAAAUAAAUGAAGGGACUCGUUUGCCAGGGCGUUUAUCAUGAUUCCUUAUUGUCUCUGUCAUGUGAACAGUUUAUUUCAACUCAACUAUUCAAUUUUAUUGUAGAAAAAAUCACUAUUCGACUACACUAUAAUAUUUUUAUUUUUAUAUUUUUUUUUGAAUAUUCAAUCUACUUACGAUCUAGGUCGCGGUAAGCCGCUGCAUUGGUUGAAACUCCGUUGGUUGCCGUCGUCGUGUGGGAUGUAGGUCUCCUAGCCGCGGUACCAGUGGUCCAGUGUUUACGAUCUGUCGCAAGUCCUUAAUAUUCCGUUGAGGAUGCUUUCUAGCGGGUGACGAUUUGUCUUCGUAUCUGCCGGUCAGCGGGCGAGUUUACUAACACUUUUCACUAGACUUUGACUUAGGAAAAUCCUAUUCAUCAAAAUGUUGAAGCUUCUUUUAAUCAAAAAUAUAGAGAUGAACUUAAAAGACGAAUGUGCCAUGAAAAUGGAAUAACUUUAAUUGAAGUACCUUAUACCAUAAAGGUAAAUAAUAUUGGAGCAUUUUUGUGUGAUCAACUAAAAAAAUGGUUAUAUUUAAACUUAAUCUGUUGUAUUGAUUUGUUUUGUUUUUUUUUUUUUAUGCUUAAAAAGCAUGAAAAAACGAUUUCAAAUUUUUAUUCACAAUCACCCAAAAUUUUAUUUUACUGUUUAAUAACUUUAUUCACUCAAGUCUGAAUCAUCAUCCAAAAUUUUGUUGGGUACUUUAGAACCAGUUUUUUUUAAGUAAAUGUUUAUCACGUGUUUGAGGUUCGGAGAAGUUAUCGUCGUCAUCAGAAGAGUCGUCUGUUUCAGAAGGAAACUUUUUUAGUAUCAUGUAUUGAUUUAGAAAAUACAUCUCUGAAGAAGAAGAUGCACUAGUUAUUUUUGCUUUUGGCUUGGGUUUAGUUUUUUUUUUAUUUUUAUUCUUCAGAAAAAUAUUCCAAAAUAUCCUCGACAUCGAGGAUCCAUUGCGCGAGAUUGCGAGGAUUUCCCGUAUAUUUGGGUAAAUCCGUAUCAAUUGCAAAUCUUCUGUUGUUUGGAGUUGGCUCUGGGGUAGGAUUUGUGUUUUGAUUUGGGUUUGGAUUUGGAUUAGCAUUUGCCAUUUUUAAAUUUUCAAGAAGCUGCACUAGUUGCUCAAUUUUUGUAUAACACUUUUUCUAACAGUCUAAAACGUUCACUGAGACUUAAUAUCUAACACUUUAUGCGGGUUUUUAUUUCACUUUUAUCGUUUUUUAUAUUUUUUUCACUUACAAUAAUACUAGGAGCAGGAUCAUCUCCCGUCGGGGCAGCGAUUAGACUCCGUAAACCCUGUGGAAACGAUCGGAUGAUUUCGUUUGACGAUACUUCCGUCGCCGGUCGCAGCCAUUAGAUUCCAAAAACCAAUUGUUGGGUAGCCUGGGUGUCUCUACUGGCGGACUCCGUCGCAGGAUUAAGUCGCAAUUCAACGUUUGAGUGCGUUUCCCUUGUAUUCUAUGAGCGGCGUGGACCGUGGUGACCAUUGCAUUCAUUAUUCCUAAAAUGGAUUUGGCAUGAUUUUCUUACCUUCAAUAGUUUUAAAAAAUGUCCUUCGAAUGCUUUUCUUCGCUUGUAGAACCUAGUCUCAAGCUUUUGCUAGGCUUUGUUCCUGAGUUUUCAAGAGCUUCAAUUGAAUUUUUGUUUGCUGGUUUAAACUGCUCUGAGCAUUUGCACACUGCUAGCAGCCUUUUCUGACUGAUAGCACGAUCGUUUUUUGGAUCAAUUUUGACUGGUUCUGGUCGCCAAGAAAAGAUUGUAGUCGAAUUUAAAACAUCUAACUGUUCGUUUACUGAUUGUGGGAGCCGGCGGAGAAGCCUUUUGCCAUCGUCUAUCACCGCCGCCCGAGCGUAGUGGGCGUAGAAUGCCAGCCUUCGGCUUUCUCUCCGCAGACGCAACCUCCAUGAGCGGUCUGCUUGUAGUUCGGAAUGGAAAGCCGUCCAGUUUUAAAGCCGGCUCUUAGGUAGUCUUUCUCGUAGUCCGCUCCUCGUUGGUAGUCCGCUUCAUGUCUGUACCAUGCGCAACUCUAUUUACCCUCAUGCAUUCGCUUGCAGAGUAGUUGAAGUUGAAUUCACUAGAUUUUAUUAUUAUGUUCUCUCUAUCACUACACUUACUUUGUCGCUGAUAUAAUAUCUCAGCCUAUCUCUACUUUAGAACUUUUAUCAAUUGUCUUAAUUUAACUUAGAGUAGCGGUUUUCGCGUUCCGUCGCUUCGUAAAUAACCCGACAAGUUACACGGUGCAUCGUGGACGCUUUUUUUAAAUUUAAUUGUUUUGCUUACAGGUGACGAACGGUUUAUCUGUCACCAAAGCCAAGCAAGAGACUUGGCUUCAAAUGUAAGCGAACUCAUAGCCUACUUUUAGAAACAGCUGAAGGCUAUGCUCUAGUAUCUUAAUUGUUUUCUGGGUGGACAGAACCCGAUAGAAGACUGGCUUCUCUCCGGAUUCCAAGUCAGCUAAUGUGACGGAACCAUGUGGAAACACGAGAGGUCUUAAAAGUUGUUGUCGACUGAAGCUGUAGGUUCUGAUUAAGUCCCGUACGAGUAUUGCUGAAAGAUACCAAUCAAUGUAGUUAGCAAAGCAUCUACCACAUCACUACCCGAUACCAAUCACUGUAAUCUGUAGUAAAAAGUCUACCACAUCAACGGAAGUGAUUUCUAUGCAAAAGUUAACGCGAAAAUUAUCUACCAUUGUAAUUAUUUAAUAAAACGUUCACCACCUCACCGGUGGUGCUCGCCAACAAUCAACAGUGCAUACUGUCCCGAACAUUUAAGUGGUUCAAAGUAACGUGUUUCAUCACCGACGGGCAGUUCGAGCACUGAGCUUUCAGUUAUACGACAAGCACUACCAACGUGUGGUAUCUGGCCAAGUUGGUACCGGUCACGUUAACAGAUAGGUGACUCAUUAAAUGUAGUAGAGUUAAGUCGUUGAUCUUAAUGGAACGUUUGUUAUAAAUGUGAUCCUUAACAUUAAUCUCCAAGUCAUUCAUAUGAAUAAGUGAAUGAUUUAAUAUCAUGCUCUUAUUUCCUAUUGACUAAAUAUCUCAAUAACUUGACAUUUAUGCCACGGUUAUUGAAGCUGGAGUGGUGUAACAAUGCACACAGUUCAACUGUUCUUGACAAAACAUCACUAACUAAAAUAUCAUGUAAAAUGCGAUGAUUUCUUCCUGAUGUCAAAACUGUAAUGGCAUACAACAUCUUCGGUAAUGCUUUUUAACAAAAAAAAAAAAAAAUAUCUAGCGGCGACUGUUGCUAUGUAGGAUGUCAGCAGUUCAUGUGUUCGAUGAAUAACUGCUAAGUGGUCAAAACUGAUGUCGCUCGAUCGUCAACUCGAGUAUUACUAAAAGACACCAAUCAAUGUAGUUAGCAAAGUGUCUACCACAUCACUACCCGAUAUCAAUCACUGUAAUCUGUAGUAAAAAGUCAACCACAUCAACGUGAGUGCUUUCUAAGCAAAAGUUUACGCGAAAAAUAUCCACCAUUGUAAUUAUUUAAUAAAACGUUCACCACAUCACCGGUGGUGCUUGCUAACAAUCAGUUUACGCAGAAGUUUAGCAAAAAGUCUACUACAUCAAACGAUACCAAUCCGCUGAAACUGUUGUUAGCAAAAAUUCAACAACUUCAUCGAUCAUGCUUUUUUUAUGCUGUUAUGCCAAGCAAGCGAAUGAUUCCUGAACUUGAUGAUGCCAUACAUUGUAAUUUUAGCUAAUAAUAAGUUCACCACAUCAAUCGCAGUCGAUUGGUGCUGAUUCUGUUUGGUACGGAAAAUCUAGAAAAUUUCGCUCGUGACGUUUCUCAGACCGUUCUCAGCAGUGCUCUGAAUAAGUCCAGCGUUUUCCUCUCCUUUUACCUUUAUUUUUUAGUUCUAAAGGCUACAAGUGACCUACAAGCAUAGUUGAUGCUAUUUAACAAAAAAAAAAAAAAAAACAAUUAAAAUAUAUCAAUCGUUGUAGUUCUCGUUAACAAAUAUUGUACCACGCGUCGUGAACUUUCGAGUGUUGUUCUCGAAAAUAAAAAUAAAAAUAGCUUGACUUACAUUGAAAUGGAUUGGAUGGAUUGAAAAAUUCAUUUGUUAGGUGAAUUUACACAGGUACUUAAGUACUACUUGUUUCACUGCUUGCUUAAAUGUAACUGACUAACUGACUGUUAUUAACAUUUAACAUUUAUUAUGUGACUGUGAAGCACUCUCUCAAAAGAGGAAGCAAUUCUUUGAUAAACACCUAAUACAACCAUUAGAUAUCUGGAUGACUUCUCCCAAUAAGGCAGUGAACUUUAUUCGUUCAAUAAUACCUUAUUGGGACGAUGCCUAUAUUCAGCAAGUGGAAACCAUUCGACCUAAUAGUGGUACGACACCCUGAUAAGGCUUACAUCAAAUAGGGGCCCGCCACAAAAGAUCAAAUCUCUGGUCGCAGUGGAAAAUGUACCCAACAGAAAAAAAAACUGGCUGUUCUAUAAUUCUUGUAAAGCUGCUGAUUGCGUGUCGAAUUGUUCGAUGGUGGACUAUUGACUAGUGGCGUGAUACUUUGUACCUUUGACUCGGCAGUUAUGCUGGAUCAGUGGGCAUAAUCAUAUAUGUAUGUUCUGUAUUUUUCGGCCCUUCUCUGGGAACAAAAGCUAAUAUGACACAAUCUAAAAUAGGGGUCCGCUACAUCUCGCCCCCACUUGAUGAGUAGUAAGUCGUCUGGAAGAGGCGACUUACACCGGGUUGUUUCGGGUACAAAAACAUAUAACUACUUGUGUCAUUACGAAAUAAAGCGCCAGGAUAGGUCAUUUCCGGAGAAAUUUAUUACGAAGUCACAAGGACCGCCACGGUCGCCAUUCAAUGUUUAUAAAUGUACGCCAUUCGUAGAAAACCUUUUGUUAAUAAAACGUUCAGGCCUCAUCUUUGAUCAAAAGUCAAUCCAGAAGUUAUCUAUCAGUGUAAUUAGUAAGAAGUCUACUACCUCAAUGUGUGCGCUUUCUAACAAGCACUGUUAAGUUUGUUAAUAAAACGUUCACCACAUUAUUGGUUAUGUGUUGACGGGUCCUGGCAUCGGUGAAAAUUUUCGUCAAAAGUCAACCCAAAAGAUUUGGGUUCUCGAUAACAUUCGAAAGUUUUUAAAAAAGGGUUAAUUCCAUGAACAUAUUUAAUUUUGUACGCAGACACAACUUGUUCGAUUAAACACUCGAACUAAAUUAAAUUCCUGUUCCACUCUAAAGGUCCUAACUACGUCCUAGCUACCUGGUCACACGCCUGCUACGUCAGGAGAACCGCAUCCGCUCAUGUCGCUGCUAGUGGGUGUCCGGUGAUGAUGUUUUGCUGGGUCAGGACAAGCAUUGUCCAUAACUAUAUAUCAGUGUAGCUUGUAGUAAAAAGUCCACUACAUCAACGGUGUUGUGUUUGUUUAUAAAACGCUCACCAUUGGUUAAGUUAAAGUGUCCCGGCAGGACCACUGGUCGUAGAAAAUUUGUCACAAAGGCCGCCACGGUCGCCAUUCAAGGUUUAUAAAUAUGCGCCGUAGAAUACCUUUCUCACGGCCUUCUGACUGUAAAUAAAACGUUCACCACAUCAUUGAUUAUGUGUUGAAGUGUCCGGGCAUUGAUGAUGCUUUUCGUCGAAAAGCAACCCAGAAGAUAUCUAUCAGUGUAAUUAGUAAGAGUUCUACUACAUCAAUAUCCCUAUGGGUAACGCAUAGUGAAGGUAGUAUUUCUUGGCCUGUCUCAAUUUUCGAGCUUAACUUUUUAGUACCCUCGGCUACCAACAGCAACAACAGCAUUAGAGCGCGUUCGAGAGCGUCUAAUCUACCGUAUUCUGUGUUUAGUAAAACCUGGUAGCAGAGGCAGAUGCUCCAGCUUAUAUUCCACCUGUUUUUUAUAAAAUUUAGCUCGAGGCUUAAAUUCUUCUGUCUGACAUAUGCUUCGUGACACCCUAACCACAUCAUUGUCUAUGUUAAAGUGUCCUGGCAGGAUCACUAUGAGGGAAUUCUCGUCAGAGAAACACUCCUCUCACUUCUAAAAGUGUGGGUUAUCCGAAGACCCAAAGCAGAAUAAAGGGCAUAAAAAUAACACUAUUCCAAGAGUAUACAACGAAAGGUUGCAGUCUGAAAUGAUUCUGGGAAUUGAAAUGUAUUUUUCCUUAUUCUAGUUAUCAGACCGCUACAUCUCCCCCUACUCACGAGUCGUAAGUCAUCUGAAAGUGGUGGCUCACGCUUGUCAACCGCUUCAUUUAUCUAAAGAUAUUUUUCUCUUUCCAAAACGUCUUUUUUAGUUUCAUUCGUUAUUAUUUUCCUGUCUUAUUCGUAUUUGCAUCAUAUUUUUCUUGUUCCUUUCUUUAUUUGUUUUGUUAUAAUCUCGAGCCGUAUUGGCUCGAGGGUCUUGAUACUUUCUUUUCCAUAUCCUUCGAUUUCGAAAUGCUAAUUCUCAGCCUCCAGGACUUUGCGUUUGAGCACUGAUUUUGCAAGACAGGAUAUCGAUUUUGACGUUAACUAGCUGUUCACUUUUCAAACGACAAAAAUGCAAAAUUUAUUACCUUCAAGGUCUUAGUUUAGUUUUUUUUUUUUGGCAAAGCUUCGUAUCCAAGAAUUCCAUCGGUGUAAGCGAAAUCAGAUUUUUUUUAUAUUCAAAGGUGUUAUUAUAAAUUUCACAUUUGAGCGUUAUUCACUAAAAUAGCAGCAACUGUUAGACUGUUCAACGAUAAGUCUACCCUGAAAGGUAUUUUCGUAAUUCUUGCUAUCAAAACGUCCCCAACAUCAUCGGUAAUAUCUCUUCGGUGUUUUUUUUUUACUGUAGUAUUGCGCUUGUCUUGAGCUUUUUUUGCCUACAUGACCCAGUAAAAAUAUCCCCUUUAAGAUACCAUUGACUCUAAUUUUAAUAAAACGUUUAUUAAAUCAAUAGUAAUGCGUUUUAGCAAAAAAUCUUACCAGAAGAAUUUUUGCCAUCCUAGAUUUCCGUUGAUUGUUUCGAACUUACAUUUGCAAUGCACUAAAGGUUAGUGUAGGUAAUUGUUGCUCACCUAGCAAACAAAAAAUCACCCCUUUGAGAUAGCCAUGACUGUAAUGCUAGUAAAACGUUUACCGUUUUCCGUAAUGUGUUUUAACGAAAAGUCUACUCAUAAGAUACCAUAGAUCAUUGUAAUUUUUGCCAUUAGAUAUUCCGCAGCAUGUUCGGAUACAAGGCAUUAGCACUUUUUUGUAGUAAAAAGUCUACUGCUUCUAUAGAGAUUAUCCAAUCACUGGAAUUCUGCUAUUCCGCUACAACUAGUAUUGUCUUUCUCUGGGAGCUUUUCUUACGUGAUAGAGAGUGUCAUUCCUAUAUGUUCUUUGAUAAGUUUUGACAUAACAACUAGUUAAAAUGUUCUUUGUUAGAAAAUUGAAAAAAUAUAUUUUCUUAGAGCUAUGCUCUUUUUUUAUUCGAUACUUGGUUGAGACUAAACCUUUUGCUAUGGUUAAACUCUAUUCUGGAACUAACAUACCUUUCAUCGACCGAAAUUUUAUGAUCCUUGUUGUCUGUUAUAAUAUAUGUAUCUUUCAUGAAAAAUAUCAAUACAUCACACUUGGCUUGAUAUUUAAUUUCUGGUGAGAGUGGUGAGAGCUGAAACUGUCCCACUUGUGGCACGAGGUCUCAAGUCUGGCAAUAUACAUUGCAGCUCUCCAAUGUUUGCUUUAAAAUACCAGAAACCUUCAAAUUUCACUCCUGCAUUUCCAAGAUUGUGCUCAAUACGUGCCAACCCAUGGCACUUGAGGAAUUCUCGAGCCGCUGCAUCUGCCAUAGUCGUUACGGUAAUCUGUUAAACGAACAAUACCGAUGUAAGGUAUUUUUUUAAAUUUCUGUAAAUAGAAGACACCAUUUUGCCACUAGUCGGAAACGAAAACUUGCUCUGUGUCUCGAAAUAUCACACGAGCAGACGGUUGUUGAAACCGCACCGAUAUAGGUUUGGUAGAUUUUUAUUUCCUUGAAACCAAUUGCACGACGGCCACUAUUCAACUCACAAACUCAUUUGACAGUUUACCACUUGUAAAAGAAAAGCUGAUGCAUUGCGAUCAGAGUUGCCAUUUAAAGCGAAUAUGUGUUUCCUAGAUCGGCACAAGUUUUAUAGUCAAAACGAUGAAAGAAAAGUUCAGUUUCUCUUUCACAGUUUUCAACAUAGAUUACGAAUGUUUGUGUUUUCUUCAACGGAUAGUGCUAGGAAAUGGUGAUAUGAUUUCAAGUAGCAUAUAAAAGUCUAGUAUCAACAUUUGUAUUAUACAUGAUGAAGAAAAAACAUGUUGUUGGCAGCUCUUGUCACAUUCUCUUUACCGUAUGCGCACGUCGGAUAUACUGAUACACGUACACCGGAUGAAUCGAAGAAGGAAGAAACCAGUGUCAUCCAGAAGUGAUGUCUAUGAGGUGUUAAUAAAGAGUUGUUUUAAAUUAUAGGUUGAAUUUGAACACUUUGUUUCACUCAAUGGAAAUCAUAGCUAACACUUUUUUCAAUAAAUUGUGUACCUGUAUGUUUAAAACUAAAACAGCGAGUAGUCUGGUUUUGCAUUUCUUGAAUUUACCUUUACCUUUUUUCGAAAUUAAGCAAUCACUUCUUUGUCUCUGUUAGCAAAUCACUGCUCAAUGUAUGCAUCACAACACAAAGAACAAUUUCGUUAAGUGAUUCUACGUUUUUGCAUCAAAGUUUCCCAACGAUUAUCCACUUGUUGCCAUUCAAAGCCAAACCCAAACGUAUGUUGAUUUUACCGCUAGUGUUGGUCUUUUCUGAAUGGCAAAAAGAUGGGUCCAUGUCCGGCCAGGUAUUGUUUGGUUUGUUUGAGCUAACUUAACUGUGUUCUGUUCAGUGUGGGUUGGGUUGAUGGUUUCUCUUUUCUUAAAGUUGAUGAGUCCUGCGGUUGAGAGCAGUUCUUUGUGCGAUGCAGAUUGUAAGUGUGGAAAAAAUGUAUACAAUUUAAUUACGGAGCGAAAAGCGACCGCUUCCGCUCCCUGUUGAAAAAACUGAAAUAUACAUACUCUACAGGUGAUUAUUUGGUGGAGAAUAUUGUCUAUUUAACUAUUUUAUCCCCAAACAUAUGUGAUGAUAUUCUAUCACAUUCUCAAUAUUUGCAUUUGUUUAGGGAAUUAUUCGCUAAGAAUUUUAACUUACAUUGAUGAACUAUUUUACUAAUGUUCUCUUCUUUGUUAACUUUGGGUUCGAUGUCUUAUCUUUUCGUAAAAACUCACAUUUAUCUAACUGGAUUUUCUUCCAAGUUAUGCCAUUCAGACGCAAACAUCAUGACCGCGAUAGUCAAACAAGUCAAAGCUACGGAUUGGUUAGUUACAGUGAAGGCCCAAGCACAAUGGAUACGUUUGCAUUGCGUUGACGUUAAUUUGACAGACAAUAUAUGGUCUAACUGUCAAAUUGCCGCAAACGCAGCCGCAACGUAUCAAUCGUGUUUAGGCCUUGAGACCUUCUCACUUCACAGCCGAACAGUAAAUAAGUUUCAUUUGUCUCUUCAAUAUUAAUUGUUUACAUAUAAGCGUGUAAGUUCUUGUUGACAUCUAAACUUGAAUGCGUAGAAUAGGCAAAAGUUCAUUUGUAAACCUCCUCCCUGGAUUCGUGUUGAUGUAAAAUCCAAUCAAGGAAUUCAAAGAAAAAUCAAACGCAAAGACAGGAAGUAAAGUUUUCCUGGCAGCAAGAAAAUAUUGUGUUAUUAAUACUUUAGAAUAUUGAAUGAGCAUUCCCAGGCCCAAGGAAAUUUUCAUAGUAGCAUGAAUCUCAACUGGAGAACCUGUUUGUGAAUGUGUUGACUGCCGGUGAGAUGCCUGAAGCAUCCAGCCUUAAGUGGUAAUUGUUAUAUAAGCUGCUACAAAUGCUGACUAAUUAUGCUCGAAGAAAGAAGAAGCUAAUAUCGCACAAUCUUUCCAGCUAUUUCAGCAGUUGCCGUUAACUAAUAAGCUUUUUUUGUCUCUAUAUAAGAUGAAGCAGUAGAGCUCUCAGAGUGUUUCACUCGAUCUUCUCAGCCCCACAAGGUAUAAUUGAAGCCGCUAUGACUGUUUGCGUCUGGCGCGGAAAUAAUUCUCUGAAAUCCGCUUUUUUAACAUUUCUAUUAAUAAAUCCACUCGUUUAGAAAAGUUCUAAACACCCUUUACAGAUUUUAUUUAAAUUAUUCAGAUUGGUUUUGACCAAAUUCGCAGACCGACCGUUUCUCGAAUGUUAAGUCCACCCAGAAUCACUUUGAACGAAGUCUGGCACGGUCGCCAUAUGAGAUAUAUGUUAUAAACCUUUCCCGGUUAGUUUCGAAAUCGAUUAGCAAACACUUUUUGACAAAACAAAUAUCUAACAAGCAAGCAUAGAUAACAAACUGAGGCGUCAUUUGAAGCCUGUUUAUUUCAAUCGUACAUGAUUAGUUGUGCCUAAAAAUUGCACCGAAAAAAAACACAGCGUCAGUUACAGCAUUAACAGCAACACAGUUGCCGAUUAAACUAGGAAUUAUUUGAUAUCAUUACAUAGUAGUUAUCGAGCAGAAAAAUAAGGGACUGUAAGCAUGAAAACAUAUAUUCACAUAAGCAUAGAGUGAAAUUAUAUAUUUCGAGAUUCCGAUUAACAAUUAAAACAAAUACAAUAUCUCUUGUUAUCUUUGAA